UUUUGCGUCCAAUUUUUAUUUUAAGGGAUGUCAUAAGUCUCAUAACUCAUAACCUUUGGCGGGCCGGUUCGACUUUCUAAAUGUCGGCCGGCGAGUCUUCUCAUCUUCCUACUUCACAUCCAAUUUUUUUUUCUUACUUCCAAAUUUCUUCGUCAAUUUCUUUCCUAGUUUUUCUCUAAUUUUCCCGCAAUAUCGGAUUUUUUUUUACCCUUUUUUCUUUCUUUCCAUUUCAUUUUGGGUUUAUUUCUAGACAGAUUUUUCUCUAUUCUUUUGAACUUUUUUUGUUUCAAUCCAUUUUUUUUCCUUCAUUUUGGGCGAUUUCUUCCUCUGUAAUAAUUCUGGGUUAAGGUUAGUUUUCUGAUUUGUGUUGAAUUUGAUUUUGGUUUAUGUUCAUUAAUUUUGUGUUUAUGUUUGUUAUAAUAAUCUGAAACUGGGUAUUAUUGAAUUCUGGGUUAUAAAUACUUUGAUGAUUUUGGUUUACUUUUUACUAAUGGAAGAUGGGUUUCAGAGUAAUAGAAGUUGUUGGCAUUUUUAAUGUUAAAAUAAUGGAGAAUGAAUAAUUAUUGUCUUAUUUUUAUGAUAAUAAUUUGGUUAUAUUUGUCAUUAUUUCGCUUGUAUGGAAUCACUGUGUAACCACUUUCUUUUGCUUUAGUGAAUUUUAGUUAUAUAAUGGGUUUUCUCUACAAUGCACCCUUUUAUUAUAGUCUUCCGAAAUUUCUUUUUUCGUCCAAAUCCUCGUAUUUUCCCAUCAUAUAUAUCCGACCGUUACUUUAGAACCCGACCCUAAAAUAAAUCUAGAUAGAAUAAAGGUCCCUUUAUAAUAUAGGGAUUUUUAAAUUAUAGAGAAAUGUUCUUACUAUAGGUUAUGUUUGAUGUUUAAUAUGAAAGUAAUAAAUGCAGAAAAUUCUAUUUAGUGGGUUAUGUUUUUGAUUAUUGUAUGUUGUAGGAAUUUGCUUUUUAAGUGAGUUUCUGGGUGGCUUCUUUUGCAAAUUUAAUGUGUGUUUAGUAGAGCAUUAUAUUUGUCUUUUCUAGCUCUUAUUUGAUAAAAAAUAAAUAAUGAAAGUAUGAGUUGUAAUUAGUGUAUGCUGUCUCUGGCAUGUUGCAAUUAUGGUUUCAAAGAGAUUUAUGUUAGAUAUAUAGAGUGUGGGUCUAGAAGUGUGCGGUGCUAAUUUGUGUUCUUCAUACCUUUUUUUUUUUUUUUUAUCAACUAAAGGUGCAUGUAUGAUGAAUUAUGAUACGUUUCGUGGAAUUUUCGUGUUGAUUUGUCCUGUCAUUGUCAUGCAUCUAGGGUGUUGAAGCUUGUAUAUGGUAGCAGUUGGGUUACUACACUGGGAAAUGGCAGCAGAAAGAAAUGCGUCGAGUGUUCUUGCAAGGUUGAUGGGUAUUGAUAAACCAUCAAACUUGAAUACUGCACAUCAAAGGCAUAAAGUACUCUCUCAGAACUAUCAUCAGAAUAUUGCUUCAGUUGGUAAAAGGGAGAAAGCAUUCUUGUGUUCGGAUGAAGCUGAUUCUUACAUGGAGGAAAGUGAAGAUACAGCUAACUAUUUAGGAGGAGCAAGUGUGAUUGAUUACCAGAGUUUGCUUUGUCGAACUGAGAAGUCCUUUCUUGCUGGAAAUUCACGUUCAUCAUCUAAUUCCUCAUCUAGUGACCGGAAACGAAAAUUAUCUGUGUCUGAGGGGAAUAAAGGAAUGCGUUUUCAAGGGAGGAAAGCGAAUGGCUCCUAUAACAGCUUAAAGUCUCCAACUCAAGGCUCUUUGUCAUCUCAGGAAAUAGCAAAGCAAAUUACUGGUCAAGUAAAGCAUAGUAUAUGGCAUAGUUGUGCAGAGUUAUCCAGUUCAAGGCCUAGAGGUGAAAAGAGUUCUGAAAAUGAUGAGGAAAAAGUGACUUUAUCUGCUCGUUUAAGUGAUUCAGAGAAAAAACAUGAAGCAUUGUCUUUCAAUUCAGCUGGUGGAUCUUCUAGCAGGGGAUCUCAGACAGUCAGUAAACAGAUCUCAGAAAGGUACAGAGCAAGGAAAUGCUCCCAGGAGGUUAGCACAUCUUGUGGAAGCAGCAAAAUCCUAGAUGAAGUGUUUGUUACAAGUAGUAAUGGAAGUAAUACUGUCCUCAACACCAGUAAUGGGAAUUUAAACACUCCUUUACAUAAUGACAAUGUGAAUGUUUGUCCGGUGUCUGCUGCCAGAUAUUUGUCCAAACCAACACGUUUUCCUUCUGCUUGGGUUCCCAGAAGCAGAGUAAGGCAAUUUACUUUUGAUAAAAGUUGGUGUUUGAGACCAGGAAAGUGGGAUAGAAAGCAAUGCGAUGACUCAGAGAAGGACAAUAUUGGGCCUAAAGAUGUACAAUCAACAUCUGAAUGUACUAGCUUAGACUCAGAGAAGCCAUGCAUUCAUCAUGCAGCUUCCAUAAUCCUUAACGAUUCAGUUGAGCACGUGGGACAUAAGUCGCAUGAACAAACUUUUACAUUGAUCAAUUCUGUAAAUUACACGGCUUUUUCAGAUUUAGAGAGUCCUGCUUAUCACGAGGCUCACAUAAUCCUGAAUGAGAUUAAGGAAAGGCAUCUAGAGAAGGUUGUUUCUCAAAACAACACUGUUGAAUCCUUGUCUACAGAUUGUAAUUUAGCUUUGGAGACAGAGGACCUUUCUGAUGAUGAGCAUAAAAGAGUGAACUUGUCUAGUGAAGUUAGAAGGGAGAUUUUGUCAGCUAAGUCAACUUCAUGCAUUUUGUUGGGAGAUCAAGAAUCUUGGAAGCACCAGUUAAAAAAGAAAGACAAGGCUGCUGAGCCAAGGUCUCCUGUGAGUUCAUUGGAAGGCCCAGAAGGUUGCAUGCAUAUUCCAAAUAUAUCUGUGGAGGCAGCGGGACAUUUGUCUGAUCAAGUAGAGAACGAUUGCCAAGGUUUGCAAAGAAAGCUUCAACUCAUAGAAACCAUGUCUUUAGAAUCAGGAUCAGAGGGACCUGAGAUGGUAGUAUCUAGUGAGGGGGGCGAUUAUGAAGAUUCAGUUGGUUUAUAUCAGAAUGAUCCACAAAUAAUGGAAGUAUAUCAAACUUUAAUCAAAGAAAGCUUGGAUUUCUCAUAUGUAGUUGAUGUGUUGGUGGAGUCAGGUCUUCAAAUGAUGGACUUGGAGAUGGAAAGCAAAACUUGGUGUUUACGUGGUUAUGUCUUGGAACCUUUAGUGUUUGAUGAGUUAGAGAAGAAGUAUGGCAAGCAUAUGCCAUGGGAAAAGUCAGAAAGACGGCUUUUAUUUGAUCGCUUAAACUUGGGGCUCUUGGAGAUUGUCAAACCUUCUGUUGGCCUGAGUACAUGGAAGAAACCUGUAGCGAAAAGGUUUUGUCAAAGGCAAAAAAGUCAGGAGCUCAUUGUGGAAGACCUGUGGUCGUUGCUGGUCAACCAGCAAGAGGAUAUUAAGAGGAAACCUGAUAAAGUGUGUAAAAAGGAGAUUGAAUGGUUAGAUUUAGAAGAGGAAACAGAUUUGAUAGUACAAGAAAUACAAAGUUUGCUGAUAGACGAAUUUAUAGAGGAGUUUGUGAGUGGGGAAUUUUCUUUUUGUUGAACGCGUGUUCGUGUAGAUAGGUUUAGUCAUUGAAAUUGUACAAAAUACAUUUUUCUGCAGAACGUAUUUGUAGAGUCUGCAUACUGAGGGACAAGCAUAUAGGAGUUAGUGACUUUUCACUUGAGGGGAACUACUAUUGAUUGAUUUUAGCACACAUUUUUUGAGUCAUUGUUAAAGAUUAAGUUGAUAAGGUUUUGCAAUGAUAGCUUCAUUCUUGUAUAAAGCACAUUUUUCAUAAAGUUUGUUGAAAGUGAAAUAUAGUGAUUGUUUUUCCUGUAA